AUGGCUACCGAGCAUGAUGAUGAUAUCGAUAAAAUGUUGGAAGAAUAUGAAAGUGAACAUAGAAAUCAAUCACCGGCAACUGCUCUUGUACCACCAUUAAAAGCAGCACCACUGGAUAAAAUAAAUACUAAUAAUCGUUCUCCGACACCACAAUCAAAAGAUCGAAAAUAUCAUUCACCGUCACCCGUUAAAGAAUCAAAAUAUCGUUCAUCAGACCAUGAAAAUGGCAAAGAAAAGGAUCGUUCAUCAAAAAAACAUCGUAAGGAGCGUAAGCAUUCACAUCGACAUAAAGAACGCAAAGAACACAAAGACUCGAAACGUCUUAGUCGAAGCCGAAGUCGAAAACGUAGCAGGAGUAGUCCAAAAGAAAAGAAAAUGAAACGUGAACGUGAUGAUGAAAAAGAAUUGUCAAUCCAUCGCCGUCGUUCUGUUACACCAAUAAACGAACGUAAAUAUCGUUCACCAUCACCACCUCGUAAAACAAAAAUGGAUAUACCCAAUAGCACUAGACGUUCAAGAUCACGUGAUCUUAACAAUGAUUUGAAUUUAAUCAGCAAAUCAAGCGGUAAUAAUCCAGGACCUCGAUCGCGAUCGAAAGAUAAUGAUAGUCGUUCACACACAUCUCGCACUCGCGAUAAGUCACCUGAAUUAAGUCCAGAAGAACGUGAUAUGCGUACAGUCUUUUGUAUGCAACUAGCGGCCAGAAUUCGUCCGAGAGAUUUGGAGGAAUUUUUUUCACAAGUUGGAAAAGCGAGAGACGUACGUUUGAUUACAGAUCCACGAACAAGACGAUCCAAAGGUGUUGCCUAUGUUGAAUUCCGAGAUUUGGAUUGUGUUACGCAAGCGAUAGCAUUAUCAGGACAAAAAGUAUUAGGUGUACCAAUUAUAAUUAAACCAUCGAAUGCUGAAAAAAAUCGUUUAGCUAAUCAAAAUGCUAGUGCGAAUAAUGGUAAUAGUCAAUUUUCAUUUCAACAAUCAAGUGUACCACAAACUGGUCCGAUGAAGUUGUAUGUUGGUUCGUUACAUUUCAAUAUUACCGAAGAUAUGCUACGGGGAAUAUUCGAACCAUUUGGUCGUAUUGAAUCAAUCAAUUUAAUGAAAGAUACCGAAACAUCACGUUCGCGAGGCUACGCAUUCAUUCAAUUUGCUCAUGCCGAAGAUGCCAAACGUGCAAUGGAAAACUUGAAUGGUUUUGAAUUGGCUGGUCGUCCAAUGAAAGUUGGGCACGUUACUGAACGUGUGAACGACGGUGGUUUAGCAUCAAAUUUGGAUUCUGAAGAAUUAGAUCAACGCGGAAUUAAUUUAGGUGCAACAGGUCGUUUAGCGUUGAUGGCUAAACUGGCCGAUGGUAGCGGCUUACAAAUGCCUCAGUAUGCGUUAAACGCAUUAAAUAUGGCACAACAAGGUCGGUGUUAA